AUGGCGCUUCUGGAGUGCGGAGCAGCCCCCGCGUCUCGUCACAGCUCGACCCCCGUGCCCAGAGACAGCGUGCCCUGCUCCAAUUUCCAAACCUGUGAGCAAAUGGAUUGCGUUGAGAAUGGAAAGUUCUGUACUCAGACGGACGCCCAGCAGCACAAGGACAACAAUGGCUGGCAGGUGAAUGAGGCUGACCGCGUUGCCAGACGUCUCCACAGAAAGAGAAAACAUCUUCCGGAUUUUGAGUAUGGCGAUGGAAAUGCUGAUAAGGAUGAGGAGAAGAAUAAAUCAAAUAAUAUGAAAAGCCGCAGAAACACUAAACCAAUAAUCCAAGUUCUUCCUGGAAAGAAGGUAUGGAACUGGGUUACCUACUUAGAAGAGGAACGGAUGCCAGCUGCUCCCCUAAAACUGUUCAGAGAGUAUCAAUCAUUCCCACAAGGCGGAAAUGGAUUUUCAGUUGGACUGAAACUGGAAGGGCUGGAUCCUGAACACCCCUCUCGAUUUUGUGUUCUCACAGUGGCUGAGGUAAAAGGGUACAGAGUGCGAUUACACUUCGAUGGUUAUCCAGAGUGCUAUGACUUCUGGGUUAAUGCUGAUUCCUCAGACAUCUAUCCUGUUGGCUGGUGUGAAAGUACAAGUCGUAAGCUGCUCCCUCCUAAAGGUUUAAAGGAGACAGAAUUUAAUUGGACUUCCUAUUUGAAGAAUUGCAAUGCUCAAGUAGCUCCAAAAAGCCUUUUUAAGACCCUCAGAACUGUUCCUCUGUCCCUCGAACUCUCUGAUUUUCAACUGGGAAUGAAAGUAGAGGCAGUGAACAAGAAGAAACCACUGCUGAUGUGUGUCGCAACCAUCAUGGACAAGGUGGAUAACCGCCUGCUAAUUCAUUUGGAUAACUGGGAUGAGACUUACAACUACUGGUGUGAAGCCAGCAGCCUGUAUAUCCGUCCUGUUGGAUACUGCCAAGAAACUGGAACCCCACUGACACCACCACCUGGUUACAAGAAUUCCAAUGCCUUCUCAUGGGAGAAAUACUUGGACGAAACUCAUUCCCAGGCUGCCCCAGCAACAGCAUUCAAACCGCCUCCUGCUCACGAAUUCCAAGUUAACACGAAGUUAGAGGUUGUGGACAGAAGAAAUCCCAUCUUGAUAAGAGUGGCAACAAUAGUUGACAAAGACAACCAACGCAUUAAGAUACGUUUUGAUGGCUGGGACAGCAAUUACGAUUUGUGGGUCUGGGCAGACUGCCCUGAUAUUCAUCCAGUCGGCUGGUGUGAGAAAACUGGACAUCCUUUGCAAGUCCCUCCUGGUACUGUUGAUUUAGUGGGAAAAAUGGGACAAGGGUGUCCUACUCCAGGCUGCCACGGGAUCGGACAUGUCAAGGGAUCACGAUACGGAACGCAUCAUACGUUAAUUGGCUGCCCAUAUUCUGAAAUGAACCUCAAGAAAGAGAACAUAUUACACGACCGCCUGGCCGGGGAGAAAUACUGCUUUAGCAGCAGCAUGCAGAAACCCAAGAGGCUGGAGACUCCUCCCGCAUUUCUGUUGGGAGGAGGAGAGUCUUCUGAGGGCUGUCCACAAUCCAGAAAAUCUGCACAAAACAGUGAAAAGUUGUGUCAAAACAGUGUUCACGGUCUGUCAGAACAGUCUGAAAACAACCAGGAGAGGGACCAGGUGGAAGGGGAUUCCUCUGCAGACAUCAAAGCCAAACCAGAAAAAUAAAUGAGAUUUUUGCUUGGGGACUUACACACCUAUGCAAAGUACCAGCAGGAGAAACAGCAGAGCAGUGGGAAAGACCCUGUUGUGGAUCUCCAGCAGGCCCUGCACCAGUCCUUCAUGCCUUCCCUGAUCUCUAACCCGACCCACCGCCUCCAUCUCUUCUGGAAGAAAUACUGCAAGCUCUUGCCAGAGAUCUCGGGCCUCACAGCCAGACACGUGGCCAGCUGGACUGUGGAAGAGGUGGUAAGCUUCGUCCAGCGUUUACCUGGUUGCAAAGAAGUAGCAUCUGUUUUCAGAGAGGAGCAGAUAGAUGGUGAGGCUUUCCUGCUCCUGAACCAGAACGACAUGACUAAAAUACUCAAUAUCAAGCUGGGUCCUGCCCUGAAGAUCUACAACGCCAUUCUCAUGUUCCACUCUGCAGAAGACAACUGA